CCUGCCUCCCCCUCAGCGUCCAGCUUCCCGGACGAGCUCAGCUGGAUCAUCGACCUCCUGGAGCAGGACAGCACCUCAUUCCAGGAGACGCUGGGGGACCCCGGCCCCUUUGGGCUCCCCUGGCUGCAGCCUCCCACCCCCCAGGUGUCCCCACCCUUCGUUCCCAGCUCUGCCAGUGGCCGGGCAGCCCGUCCGUGUCCGCAGAGCGUGAGGGCGGUGAGGGACUCACUCGGACCCGCCUCCUCCCCAGGGACGGGUGCCUCCGGGUGCUCCCACUCCUCCGACUCGGGGGGAAGCGACGUGGACCUGGACCCCAGGGACAGCAAGCUCUUCUCCAGGGCCGCCUUCCCUGACUACAAGAAGGGGGACCCCAAGCACGGGAAGCGGAAGCGGGGCCGGCCCCGGAAGCUGAGCCGAGAGACCCGGGACGGCGUGGAGGGCCGGAAGAGCAAGCACGCCCCCAGAGGCACCCACCUGUGGGAGUUCAUCCGGGACCUCCUCCUCCACCCGGAGUUGAACCAGGGCCUGAUGAAGUGGGAGAACCGGCAGGAGGGCGUCUUCAAGUUCCUGCGCUCGGAGGCCGUGGCCCAGCUCUGGGGCCAGAAGAAGAAGAACAGCAGCAUGACCUACGAGAAGCUGAGCCGGGCCAUCAGGUACUACUACAAACGGGAGAUCCUGGAGCGCGUGGACGGCCGGCGGCUCGUCUACAAGUUCGGCAAGAACUCCAGUGGCUGGAAGGAGGAGGAGGUGGCCGGGAGUCAGAACUGAGGGUCUGAGUGGACCCGAGUCAGACGCGUGGACUUGAGGCCAUGGCCCCGAUCGAUGGGCCGAUGGAUCGAUGGGGAGGACUGCUGUUCAGUGGAGGAAGCAGAGGCUCAGGUCUCCUCGGCCGCCUCCUGGAAUUACAAACUCUGGGAUUUUGAAGUGACUUGUUCACGGUGACCACGUUGCACGUGUGGCUUCUACGGGGCCUCCUGACGCCCGACCCGGACCAGGCUGCGGACGCCGCCUUCCUCCUGCCGGGCGCCC